GAGUUCUUUUGUAGUGGAAAAGAUCGUGUUGUUUUCCCCCCUCGACUUCCAUCUCGGUGUCGGAAUAAUGAGAUGAUGAGGUCUAUAUCCAGAACGUUUCCGUCGGUGAAGCUCCGCAAUCCCAACCCUAACCCACAAAAAUUCCCCAAAUCCCAGGAUUUGCCGACCCAAAUCUCGUCAUCUUCCUCUUCGCCGAGGAGCCCAAAUUCGAAAUCCGCAAUAAAGUCAAGAUCUUGGUGUGUUUAUCUGAUUCUGUCUACGAACAAACCCAUCAAAACUUAUGUCGGCGUCACAACCGAUUUCUCUCGCCGAUUGAAGCAGCACAAUGGCGAAAUCAGAGGCGGUGCAAAAGCUUCAUGUGCAGGAAGACCCUGGCUUUGUGCCUGCAUUGUCCAUGGUUUCAAUGGCCAAAGCGAAGCUUCUUCCUUUGAAUCAAAUUGGAAGAGCAUCUCAAGAAAGUUGCCUCGGAAACAGAAGAACAGGGACACGUUGGAGCAGAGCGAUGAUGGUUCACAUGCCUUGCUACAGCACCGGAAAACAGCCCUGGAUAAAGCCAUGGAAGCAUUACAAUGGCAGCACUUAGAAAUCGACUGGAAACCGAUCCCAAGGUAACAGCUUCAAGCCUUCAACUAACUGAAUCGGUUUACAGAACCUACAUUGUGCUUAAGCGUACAAACAAAAAGUGUAUAUAUAUUCUUUACACAAUACCAUUCAUAUGUAUCCUGGUUUUAUCAUGGAGACAGUUCUUUAACACAUGAAAGCGGUCUCGGGUUUUCGUUUCUU